UUUAGUCAUUUUUAUAUUAGGAAUCUUGUAUUGAUACUUUUGUGCAUAAUGUAAUGAACAAUGAAGAGAAAAUAUACAGUGUUACAAAAGGCUGAUUGCAAUGUUCUUGCACAUGGGAAAUGAUAUAUUUUAACACAUCUUCACCCUUUCAGGAUUUAAGGACUCUUGCGGCUUACGCACUUGCGCUGUUACUUCUGGCAACAUUUGUGUCCCAUUCUUGGAGUGCGCCCAAGGGCAGUUUUCAGCGUCGGAAUUGGACGCCCCAAGCCAUGUUAUAUCUGAAGGGCACACAGGGACGCCGCUUUGUGUCAGAAGACCGAAAUGAAGGGGACUUGUAUGACACAAUACACUUGGAGUCACGCAGUCAAAACACAGAAAACCUGAGCAUCUCUAAAGCGGCUGCAUUUCUCUUAAAUGUUCUCCAGCAAGCCAGAGACGAGGGUGAGCUUUACUGAAACCAGCUCAAAGACCGCCAACAACUCACUCUUUCAUCUGAAUACUUCCAGUUUUGUGAGCCAUGUGGAAUUUAAUGUUUUCAAGUUCAUCCUCUGCUACAGUGAUGCCCGUGUUUGACAUCUCUGAAGGUUCAUCACUCACUGUUCAACACUAUUACAGUUAGAUUUGAGUAAUGUAGAGUUCUGUGUUUCUCUAGAUUGUUGGACUGAUCAUUGAAAUAACUGAUAGUAAGGUCUUUUUUUAUUUCUUUCAGGCGAAAUAGUGGGUUGUUUUUUCCAAGACAUAUCAUCUUGGAAAAGAGACUAUUUAUGAUGAUUGAAAUUAUGUGUAAUAUAAAAUUAACUGUACAGAUUUUUUGUCCUUUUCAUUUUCUCAUGUUAAAUCAACAUGUGAAUUGACUGGUCUGUAAAAUACAUAUUUGCGAAUGUGUGAACAUUUUCUCAAUUAAUUAAACUGAAUUUGCACUGAUAACCGCUACUGUGAGUAAGACUUUUUAAUAAAAUAUGGAUAGGAUACAUAUUUGCACCUUAUGUGGUUGAACUUUGCUAAUCAUUGAUAUGUAUAUAAAGGUGUUUUUUUCUACAUUUGCACAAAUUAUUAUACCUCAUGUGGGACUAAUAUGCCAAAUUUAGUUUAAAACACCAAAAAG